AUGGCGGUCACCGUCUUACCAAUGAACUCCCUAACUGAGACGGUUAAACAAGCCGUCCGGUCCACAACAACAUGCUCCGAUUCAACCGUCUUGUCCCUCCAAACCCUCCUCCGCGGAUCGUCAAUGGGCACCGAGAAGCCCGCGCGAAAGAAUACGAAAUCGACCAAGGACUCCGCUGCCCCUGUUUCUCGCGCGAGAACGUCUCACACAACAAAAACAAAGACACCCGCCGACACUACCACUACAUUGCAGUCGAUUGUCGAUCAAGAUGCUGUCGGACUGACGCUUCAGGAGAAGCUCGUCCUCGCGACAGAGGUCUUUAAUGUAACAUUAAAGACUCUCACAGACGCAUCAAAAUCCACCACUACAAAGCGCCAGCCCAUAUCCGAUACCGCCUCGACAAAAUCCGGGAGAAGCAGCGUUACCAGCGUAGACUCGGGGAUCUACUCCGCCGCCGAGUGCGCGCGGCUUGCACUAUCCACUCUCCGAACCAUCAAAAACGACCAAGCAAGCCAAGAGUUACCGAACAUGCAGCUGGAGCAAGGCGUCUGCGUCUUAGCGGGGAAACUGAUCUCUCUGGGCCUCCACGACAUGGCGAGCAAGGAACUACGAUCCCUCAAGCGACGAAUCCAACAACAUCUAGACGCCAAAAGAGCCGGCAAGAAAAUCGCAGACACCAAGGAUACACUUACAAUCUCGGACGAAGACAGCGGCAAAGAGAGGAUGUCUGAUUUGAUCAGUUUCUCGAAUCUCGCGCACGCGCAGCCCGUUUACGGCCUGCUGGUUUCUUACCAUUCGAACGUGAUGCGACUACUCGCCUCAGACAAGCGAGCCGCGACAAUUCAGAAAGUCUGCCCUCUGCUCGCAAUGGCUGACCCGAGCAGCCCGGCGCAGAUUAUCAGCGCGGCCAUGAAAACCGGUGUUCUGGCCAGCGAUAAAGCUGCCCUUCAACUUCAACUGCUGUCCAAUACCGUUUUAUCUUUGAGUUCCGUGAAGCCUUCGGCCUCGGGUGAGGAUUCAGUGAGCAAGGACUCUACAAAGCCGCUCACGGCGUUGACGCUUCAGCUACUGGCUCUCGAAAUUCGAUCUUUGGGCUGGAAGAUAUCGGGUCAUGUUUGCGAUGAGGGGAGGGAGAUGUUUGAUCCUUUGCUUCGAUAUCUGGGCAACUUUUCCCAUCGCAGCAAGGGUGUUGAGAAGAUUGAAUUCUCUACGAUCUACAAAGCGAUCUCCCGGAUUCAAUUGACAAUGGCCGACGUGAAGAAGAAGCCUCAAGACGCGAAGGAUUUGAACCUCGGCGCUAAGAUCAUGGCUAUUCUUGGCCAGCUUGCUUUGGAUGCGGGGUGCUUUGAUGAGUCUUUGAAGUUGCUUUCGCAAGCUAUUACGCCUUUCACGACAUCUCAGAGUCUUUCUCUUGCUACUGUUCGAUGUAAGAUUGCGUCGGUCUACUUUCAAGCGCUGAAAGGGUCGACCAAGUAUACGGACGGAGCUUUGAAAUCUACUUCCGAGGCUACAGAUGCUCUUGGAUUACAACUCCGAGGCAGUGCUGGUGAUUUGGACGAGUUGCUUGUUGAGGCUGCCCGGUUGAAAAAACUUGCCCUUGCUUGGUUUGGCGAUGCGAUGACGAAGAAAGUGAGAAGCGACGCUGAUAAGAGCGAAAUCGCCGCGCAAGUUCGGGAAUAUCUACAAGCUUUUCUGCGGUUUCUCAGGCGGUAUGUUGGCCGUCCUCUCGCGGAUGAUGCGGACGAUAAGGAGAUCGAAAUGUUCAAGAAUCGCAUUUCUAUGUCCAAGAGUAUCAUCCUUGCCGCUGUCGACUCGGCCAUCGCUGUUGGGAAGUUGUCAAUUAUGUCCCAGCGACCCCCUUGGGAGGAUAUGCUUCCCAUACUGACAGAUUCGCAUCGUCUGCUCACCAGUGUUGAAAGCACUACCGACAGUGAAUCGGAUGAAGCUUUGUUAGAAGGUAUCGGCAUGGGACUUGUCAAGCUCUCUAACCUUUUCUGGUCCCGUUAUAUCAAGGAAAAGGAAGCUGGUCAAGGUUAUCGAGAACUGAUCCCGCUGCUCAGACAUUCGACUCAGUUUUUGUCCGGCUGCUCUUCAUCCCACAGGACCACUGCCUUUGCCGCGCUUAAAUUCGAGCGCACGGCUCAUCUGUACGUGGAUGGGAAUAUGUACGGCGAUGCAGAGAAAGCUUUCCGCCAAUCAAUAGCUGAGUACGUCGAUACCGGUGCCCUGGAGCAAAUGGGGACAGAGCAUCCGGCAAGUCUUUCGAGCUCGGCGAAGCUGGAUCCGCAAAGUCCUAGCUUCAUGCUCAAUCGCGUUCUUACCGGACUACUGAAGGUCAAACUUCGAGGGAAAGGAUCGAAGUCCUCGUCUUUUUAUGAUGACGGUGACCUCAAAGUGGAAGCGAGAGGCUUUCUUCUUGAAUGGCAGAUGGGAAUUCUUUUCGAUCUGCAUAAUUAUUCCUCUAGUGAAGAUGACUUCCGCUCUCUCUUGACCUCUGUUGUAUCGAACCUCCUCGACAUAUAUUCCCCUGACACAAACCCCAUUCGCCAUGGGCGGGUCAUUCUCUCUGUCCUCCGAUUCUUGCUUGAGCAUCCCAGUGCUCUCAAUUCAGACCUGGCCGAAACUGUAAUGGGAGAAGGAGCCCAGGAUCUGAACCGUAUCAAUCUUAUCGGUCAAGAUACAGACCUUGCUCCGUUUGCGACUCACAUAACGAAUUCGCUACGUGUCAUCAUCGGUUUCCACGAUGGCAAGAUGGAUGCAGGCGAUCUCGAUGACACACUUGCUUCGUGGGCAUCUAUGGCCCGCCAAUGUUCCGACUGGGAGACCUUACUCGGCUUUGUCCACGACACCGAGUAUUGGGUUCUUCAACUCAAGGCCCUGGUCGAUUAUACCGAAAUCCACGGACUCUGGAAAGCCCAACUCAAUGCUCUGGAAUUGAUUCUGCGAGCGGCAGAACUUCAGAAAUCCGGAGACCUUUCGGACGCUAUCAUCAUUCUUUCGCGUCUUGUGCUUCAACACUGUCAACUCGGGCAUUGUCAAAAGGCGGGAAAACUUCUUGUGCGCGGCGAGCAGUACCUUACCCAGCACAGUGUUUCCUCUCUCGCUAGUAUUUCGUUCAAGUUGGCUAAAGUCGAGCAUCUUCUCGAGACGGGGGAGGUUGACAAGGCGUCGACGGCGCUUUCGAUGGCUAGAAAGAUGUACGAGAAGACUCAGAAAUCUGACGAGCUUAGCGGUCUCAGUGUCUUGGCUAAGAUAUCUUGGGAGCGAAUGGUUGCCGAUGCUGCUUUUGUUCAGUCUCGAUUAUCGACUGCCCAAGGCUCAAUGACUCAUGCGCUGUACUUUGCCAAACUGUCCGUCAGACUCAACUGUCGGAUCUGGGCGAAGGUAGAGCGUCUGGCCCAAAAGAAACAAGACAAGUCUCUUUCUGCAGCGGGGAGUUCUGAUAUGGACGCCGUUGCUGAGGGGGUCGCAAAGCUCGACCUUUCUCAGAAUGGAUCUUCUCCAGACGUCUCGCCCAGCUAUAUCCAAGGUGCUCCAUUCUGGCCUCACCUGGGCUCGCACCAUACCUGCUUGUUGAACCUUGCGACGUUGUCGGCUCACCACGGUCUGUUCCAAGAUGCUAUUUAUUAUGGAGAGCAGGCCUUGAAGAUUGACAAGACGCUUGAUGCCAAUAUUCGACUCGUUGCUGCACAGACACAGCUUGGUUGCUACCGCACCAUUGGUGGCGAUGUUGUUGAGGGCCAGGAACUUCUUAUAGCGGCGUCGGAGUCUUCGAAGCAGUUGCCGGCCAGUGUGGAGACUGUUUCCUUGCAGAUGGCCCUUGCUUCGCUGUAUAAGGCGCAGGGACAUCAUGAUAAAGCACUUCGGUUACUCCAGGAGGCAGACAAGGUCAUCACUGCUGUCAUCUCCGCUGAUUCAAUCAGCAUUUCAGAAGGACCGAAUGUGGCAGCUCUGGAGGAGAAGAUGGAAAGGUUGCAAGUGCGAACUAGUCGGCGAGCCCAAACAACUACUGCAACUACUGCAGCUACAACUGGUCGACGCACACGUUCAACAAGCUCAGCGGCAUCGACUGCCACCACUGCUACACCCACUGCUACAGCUAAAAGAGCCUCUGCUCCCAAGACCCCAAGGCCAGAACCCCAAGCUCAUUCCCAGUCUCUCCUAAGGUUGAAGGGUGACGUGCUUCGACAACAGGCAGACUGCCUCCGUGCCCUGCGUGAUUUCGAUCGCUCCGCACGCACUCUCGCCGAAGCCCGACAGUUCGCCACUGCUCGCGAAAGUAAGGUUUCUUUGGAAAUCGGGGAGAGCGAACAUCUCCUCGCAGACGCCAUUCGCAAAUUCGCCAGUCACGCUGUCUACUGCGUUUUACCCGAGUCUACAAUUUCCCUGCCAUCCCUCAAGACACCUACCAAGAUCGUCGAGGAAAUCACUCCCCCGCCAGCAACAAAGUCCACCACUGCUAGAAAGACAAGAGCCCCGGCUAGGGCAACCCGUGGCAAGGCUCAGAAAGCUGGCGAGGAUUUCUCUAUGAUGCUUUCCAAGGCUAGUGAUUGUCUUACGAGCGUCUUUGCUGAUGCUACGGUUCUUGGGUCGACGCUUGAAAGCCAUGCUGCUUCCAGGCUUAUGAGUCGGAUCUCGAUGCUUUCUCAUGCUACUAAUCCUGGAGGUCCGGCCACUUUGGCCCAGUCGCCCGCGAACAUGAAUGAAAUUGGUCGCGUUGGUGCAUUUGCCCGGGAAAGAGUGGCUAUCGACUUUGAUCGUAAACUCGUCGACUACGCCGAUCCACUCCUCUGGCCAACGUCCAUAACCUCAACCAACGAGAUGGACGAAAAGAUCUGCUCCAACUUCGCCGAGCAGUAUAUCGACAUCCUGCCCGAAAACUGGAACGUGCUCUCCCUAUCCCUGAGCGCGGAUCAAACUGAGUUUGUCGUCUCGCGACUUCAGAAGAACCGCUCCCCGUUCCUCCUGCGCCUUCCUCUCCGUCGGGGUUCGGAGGAUGACGAGGAGGAGCAAUUCACCUUUGAAGACGGCAAGGAAGAAAUGGCCGAACUUAUCAGAUUAGCGAACGAGAGUGCCCACGCCGCAAAACUGCAAACAGACAAGGCAAUGAAGAAAGAGUGGUGGAAGAACCGCGAGACUCUGGACCGCCGCAUGGAAAGUCUCCUGCAGAACGUUGAGAAUAUCUGGUUCGGGGGGGUUCCGUGUACAGCCCUGUCUCGAUUCGCAGAGGCAUUCCAAGCAUUGCUAGAUAAGCACCUCCCCUCACGCCAGAAAGGCGGCAAGGCUGCAUCAGCAUCGGCAUCACCUCGCCUCACGCUGCACCAGAACGUCCUGGAACUAUUCAUCGGGCUUAGGGAUCUCGAGGACCAGGACGAGCCAGAGGACACACUGAUGGAUCUAUUAUAUUUCGUCGUCGAUAUCCUCCAAUUCCAGGGCGAACGCAAUGCCUACGAUGAAAUCGACUUCGACAUGAUGGUCCUCGAUACCCUAGACGCACUGCGCGGCUACCACAAAGCUGCAAAGGAAGAACUCUUCUCUCAACGACCCAGCCAUACAGUCCUCGUCCUCGACAAAGCACUACACCUCUUCCCGUGGGAAUCAAUUCCCUGCCUGCAGGGCUACCCCGUCACCCGCGUCCCGUCACUAGAAUGUCUCCGCGAACGCGUCCUGCACUUCCGCCCCUCUGCAUCCGGCACGAUCCUCGACCGAUCAUCAGGCUCAUACAUCCUAAACCCAACCGGCGAUCUCCGCACGACGCAAGAAACCUUCGAAAAGGACCUAUCAGCGCAAAAGUCCUGGACAGGCCUCACGCGCGAACCCUCGGAAGAAGAAUUCCGCUCCGCGCUCGAGACAAAGGAUCUGUUCCUUUAUUUCGGGCACGGAAGUGGCGCGCAGUACAUCCGCGGCCGCACCGUGAAACGACUUACCCAGUGCGCUGUUGCGUUCCUGAUGGGGUGCAGUAGUGGGAGUCUCACUGAGGCGGGCGAGUACGAGCCGUACGGGACGCCGAUGAACUAUUUGCAGGCGGGGAGUCCGGCGCUUGUGGCGACGUUGUGGGAUGUUACGGAUAGGGAUAUUGAUCGGUUUUCGACGUCUGCGUUUGAGACUUGGGGGUUGUUGGGGGGGGAAGAUGCGUUCUGUUGA